AUGCCGAGGUUAGUUGUUUUGGACCUAUCACAUAAUAAAAAUCUCCGUGAAUUGCCAGAUGGAUUAUCACAGUUGGUGUCGUUGAGGUAUCUUAACAUGUCGCACACAAGUAUUCAAUGUCUACCUGUCGGUUUACAAGAGUUGAAAAACUUACGUCACUUGGAUUUAGAGUGGACGGGUAAGCUUUCGAGUAUUGUUGGAAUCUCUGCAUUACUGAGUUUGAAAGUAUUGAAACUACGAGGCUCAAAAGCUAGAGAAAACACCAAAACGGUGGAGGAGUUGCAAGUCUUGGAACAUUUAGAAGUGCUAACGUUAGAAAUCAGUUAUGAUUCAGGUUUGGACCAGUUUUUAAGCUCUCACAAGCUGAUGUGCUGUACACAAGCUCUAGAGAUCAGUGGUUUGCAAUUAGAAUCAUCACACAUAUCGCGUAUAGCUAGUAUGGAUAAAGUUUCUAAACUAGUUUUCGAAGGAUGUACUCUUUUUGAGAUAAAGAUAGACAUUAUUGCAAGUAGCAGAAGCAGCAAGACGGUUUCUCCUCUGCAAAAUCCUGAAAACGUAUGCUUCUUCAGCCUAUCUAGGAUUUAUCUAUCGUCUUGCAAACGCCUAAAAGAAUUGACGUGGCUGAUGUUUGCUCCAAAUCUUACAAAGCUUUUUGUUGAGGGUGCUUAUGAACUAGAAGACAUAAUAAACAAAGAGAAAGCUAGCGUACGUGACGACGACGAACCAGGGCUUGUUCUUUUUCGAAAGCUAGAAAUUAUACAUUUGGCUAAUCUACCGGAGGUGAAGAACAUCUACUGGAGACCGCUGCCUUUUCCCUGUCUUACGGACAUCAUUGUACUCGAUUGCCCAAAACUGAGAAAGCUUCCACUCAAUUCUAAAAGUGGCUCAGGUGGUGAAAACGGACUCUUCAUAAAAUACAGAGAUAAAGGAUGGAUAAAAGGGGUUGAAUGGGAGGACGAAGCUACCAAGGCUCGCUUCUUAACGUUAAUCCCGUAA